UUGCCAAUCUACUUUGCAUAGCUGGACGACAGCCCAUUCAUCUUUAUUCUUCCUCCAACCCCAAGCAAAGACCUGUGCUUUCCAUGUGGAGGUCCUGAGAUGGCCUAGAUCCAUGGAGCUCUGUUUUCUUCCUCCAUAGGGAAAGCAACGCAUAUGUUCUUUUCUGAAAUCCACACCCACAGCUACUACCCGAAGCCCGAGCAACUAACCAAUAGAAGAGUUCAUUGCACACCAGCAAAUUGCUUGCCUUGACGGUUAAUUUUCUGUACUUCUCCCUGGCCACAACAAAUUUUCACCUGGAGAGAGUUUCUUGGGUUUUCUCCAAACAGAACACCUUGCAGCUACCUUGCCAAAUCCCAAGAGAAUUUUUAUUCGGUGCUAGUGGAGGUUCAUCUGGAGGUGCAGAGAUGGGUUAGAUUUCUGGAGCUUCUUUCGUUAAUUUCGGGGUCCUUCCUACACAGACAAAUUCACCAUGCAGCUUUAUGCGUUGAGAGUCGAGGAGGCGGUUGAAACAAUAAUCCCUUUGUCAACCACUUUUACAGUAAUAAGCAGAGCAUCACCCCAACAAUAGCUGCCAAGUGUAUCUCCUACAUAUUGUGCUUGAAUCAUCAAAAGUGGUUGAAUCAUCAAAAGGGUGGUAUAAACAUCAGAGAGAUUCAUGUAAAGAAUGGAAGGAUUUGGCGCAGCAACCUUGCAUGGGGACAACUGCAGAACCUUCGCAAGCUUCGAGUAAUCAAGCCUACAAGCUCUUGGGAGACAGGUUUAGAAAAUGAAUUUAUGGAUAUGUUGAAGCUGGAAAUCCUUGACCUAUCUGGAAACAAUGCCAUCCAAGUUUUGCCGAGCUUGUCUGGGGCAACUGGAUUGAAAACUCUCAUCCUAGAUGGUUGUGCUGAGUUGGAUCAUGUUGGUCCAGGACUACCUCCAUCACUUGAGUCAUUCAGUUUCGAUGCCGGAGCAGGGGAUGAUGGUCGCAGUACAGCUAAAAUAUCACGUAUCACCUUGGCCGGUUGUGCAAACUUGGUGGACAUAACAUUGCUUGGAUCCCUUUCAAAGCUUGAGGAGCUGGACCUCUCUGGCACACCGGUGAAAAUUCUAGACCUGAAAAAGGAGAUCCAAGUUCAAAAUCUUCAACGAAUCUUCCUGAUAGGAUGCAAGCAGCUCCGUUCAAUUAUUUGGCCAGAAAAAAGGAUGGAACAACUGAGGUUAGUAUGCAUUGAUACGCGACAGGAAUUAGUGUUGACGGAAACAUCACGUGAUUCUCUUGUCUGCCCAGAGCAGGAAAAGUACUGCCAUGCACGUGUUUCUGUCACAGACAUGAGGUUCUUUCAGUCGUUGGUGGCAACAGAUGGUGAAGUGUUUCGCUGGAUCACUACCCCAUUUAAGCUGAAUCUCAACCUGUCGUGCACUAGCAAUGAUGAUGGCAUUUUUAUUAGCAGGACUAAAAAACAUGUUCGGUCGUCAAAUCUACACAAGCCAUUAAUCUCCAUGGCAUGCCUCAUCUACAAUGACAUCAGCAUUGAAGAGAUAGCUACUAAUAAAGCUGAUGGCAGUAGUGCGCUGCAGUUUGAGCCACAAGACCUCCAUGUUGAGAUCGGUCAGGGGGCAAUCAACACUGAAGUGCUCAAUCCACAAAGCACAUCGGCCAGGGCUAUAAGGUUUAUGAUGGACAGGGUCAUGUCGUUGCACGUGCACGACAGUUGUUCCAUCACCACUAUCAUCCCUAAGCACAUUGCAUCAACUGGCCAGGAAAUUCAUUACCCUGCUCUUAAGUGGUGCCGUGUGGAGAAAUGCCCAAAGUUGGAAGUUGUCUUCCAUACUAACUAUGAUGGCCAGGAAAUUUAUUUUAAGCAACUGGAGACCUUUUGGGCAGCUGAUCUCUUGAUGGCCCGUUCGAUCUGGAGCAGAGGAAGGCCAUUUGACGGGGACGACAUUAAAUCCUUUGCAAAACUGCAGGCCAUACAUCUGCACAUGUGCCCCAGGCUCCAAUUUGUCCUCCCGUUGUCAUGGGGAGAUACCUUGUCCAGCCUGGAGACCAUCCACAUAGUCUGCUGCCGUGACCUCAAACAGGUCUUCCCAGUGGAGUCUGGCUUUUUGAAGCGAGUCGCUACCGGGCAUCCAAAUGGCAUGCUGGAAUUCCCAAAGCUCAAGCACUUGUACCUGCACGAUCUCUCCUGCCUGCAACAGAUAUGCGAGGCAAAAAUAUUUGCUCCGGAGCUGGAGACUGUCCGCAUCAGGGGCUGCUGGGGCUUGAGGCGCCUCCCGGCCACUGACCGCCAUCGUCGACACGGACGUCUUGUUGCUGUGGACUGCGAGAAGGACUGGUGGGACAACCUGGAGUGGGAUGGGCUGGACGUCGGCCACCAGCCCUCCCUCUUUGCGCCACGCCACCCGACGUACUACAAGAAGCGAUUGCUGAGAACCACGGUUCUCCGGUGAACCGGCCUCAUGUACUUUGCUGCUUGCUCGCCUGUCCAGAUUUCAUGGGGGUUUGAGGAGAGACGACAGCGGCAAGCUCUGCUUUCUAUUGCGUGCUUACCUCGCCGCGAGGGUCCAACUGUUUGCCUAGCCAAGUCUUCGAUGUGUUUCCUCAAGAAUAAACAAUUGGCAUCCGAUGCUGCCUAUAUCCGCCAAAUUUAGUGUGUUAAUAUGCUUUUUUCUAUGUUGAUUCGUAUGCGUCUCUGACAAACGUACUAUAUGUGUUUGGUCUUGCUUUGCUACGUAUGUACGCUUUGAAAUAAGAGGGCCUGAUAGGGCUGUGUUGUUUUGUGUGUCUAUCAGUCCCCUUGAACCCCAUGGUGUGACGAUGUUGAUUUCGAAAAAUAUUUUUGAAACAAAUUGUAAUCAAUGAAGCUGGCUGCAUAUUGUUGGGUGAUUAAUUAUUU